UCCAUAUUCGACAAAUGUAGAACUCACACUGAACCAUGGCGCGGCAACGCGCGUUCAACGACUGACAAUCGAGCACCAUGUUAACACUAAAUAAAAAUUUUGCGCGCGUUCAGUGGAUGCUGAACGUAUACAGUGAAGGUCAGCACGAAUGGUCACAGGUUUGUUUGACCCACGCGAAAGUGUUGAAUGUUGAAAAGACUGAACUGGCAGAUACUUGAAGAUAGACGGAUACUAUCCCGAGAAAUCCUAUUUACAAAGUUUCAAGAACCAUCAUUAAAUUACGACUCUAGGAAUAUUUUACAACCCCCUACAUAUCGCUCCCACAGGGACCGUGAAGAUUAGAUUAGUUGUAGCUUAUACAGGCCACUUAAAACCGUUCUUCCCGCGCUACAAACGCGAAGAGAACGGGAAACGAUCUUUACAUGCGAUAUAAUGGGGCAAACUCUCCACCAAGAACUUCGUAGUGGUUUGCAGAGUACAGUUGUAAACAACUAUACCGGUAUAUCAGCUGUCCUGUACAUGACAGCAAAAAGAACAACAAAAACAUAUGCUAUCAAGAAAAAUAAAUGGAAAACUGUGAUUAAAGAAGCAAAUCUGUGGUUAUCCACGGCAGAAUCCUUUGACAGGCUAUUUUAUUUGCUCUUAUUUGCUUUUGCUCAAAAAGCUCUUGAUCGAACGACCCAUGCCAAGUGCGCUCAUUAUCGACUGCACGCCACACGUUAGUGACGUCACUCAACGCACGAGGCUGGCGUUUCUCUGAAUUCUGACGGUUUCAAUGUUUUUUUCAGUGAAGUGAUGGACGAUUGUCUGAAACGCCUUGAAAGGCGCUUCCUGAACAUGUAUCCGAUUAAGUUACUUUCACCUGAUGUUGAUGCGAUCAUAGAAAAAGCCAGUGAGAUGGGUUCUGAUUGGCAGAAGGAUAUUAUUAACAGUACUGUGAAACAUCCACUUAAUAUGAAGCACGAGAUUGACCCGAAAUAUGAACACGCGUUCAUCAAGCUGAUUAUAUCGAGGCUGGAAAGUGAAGGGAUAGAAGUCUGUGAUGAACUGUAUGAAAAUCUUUGUAAUCUUUUGUCUUACCAAAAGGAACAAGACACUGUUUUUAAACAUUACAUAUUGGAUGAUACUUCCAGUACCUGCAUUAGUCUGAAAGAGAGCAGAAAUAUAAUUUCUCAAGGAACAACUGGUCUGCACAGCUGGCAGGCUGCACAAGCUCUCGCAGAUUGGUGUCUCAGUCAUUCAGAAGAACUACGUGAUAAAGAAGUACUGGAACUUGGAAGUGGAGUGGGCCUCACUGGAAUAACAACAGUUUUGUGUUGCGAGCUGCGGAGUUACAGUUUUUCUGACUGCCAUGCAGCUGUUCUGAGCACUUUGUGUGAAAAUGUUUUGCUGAAUUUAAGUACUCCGAAUGAUAAAGACUGCCACAGGUUUGUGGAUAAUGUCACAAAAACAACGGAUAAUACAUUGCUCAGAAUUAAGCAUAAAAAUACUGAUGUUGCGGUUAUGAAUCUCCCAUGGGCAGAUGUCACUAAAAAUACAGUAACAGAAGUGGAUUUUGUGCUGGCAGCAGAUGUUGUGUAUGACUCAAGCACAUUUACUGAGCUUUGUCAAGCAUUAAAGAAUCUUUUACACUAUCAAAAAACAGUAGCCAUUAUUGCAUGUACUGUAAGAGAUCAAAAUACACUACAGCAGUUUCUGCACACACUUGCACAGUAUGAGAUCAAAAUAGUACAGAUCGAUGUUCCUUCUACUAGGCCUACCCACUUUUUGCUGCCUCAAGAUAUGUUGGUGAAUAUCUACAGACUCCAAAGCUCAGGCCAGUAGACACAUAAUUGAGCACAGGGAAUUGUUUCAUGGAAGACUCAGACAUUAGAAGCUGUGAUGCAGGCUGCAACACUUACCUGUAUUCAAACUGUGUUCAUCUGGGAUAUGAUAACAAAUAUUAAAAUGU